AUGCCGCACAAAGCAAAGAUCCCCCGGCCGCCGAGCCGGAGUCGUUUCCAGGAGGGUUCCAUGAACGACCGCACGUCUGCCACACCCCCAGUUCACUUCAUCGGCCCAGACGAGCGCGCCAUGCUGGAGAAGCCUCUACCUGCGCUCCCGUUCUCCAUGGCACAGGGGAAGCCCAGGCCGGUGAGCUACGACCCCGCAAUCCCACUUGCAGCAGCACCUUCGCCCGUGCCAACGCCAGUCAUCACGAAACGGGGCAGUAAACAGUUCCUGGGGCAGAUGUGGGAUGGUGUCAUGGGCAAGCUCAGGAUGAGGAAGGAGGCCCCGGUAGAGGACGAGGCGAAGAGGAGGAAGUCGGAGGAGAAGAAGACGACCCGGAAGAGCAAGGAGGAUGACAGGCCGUCCAGGGAGGAGAUCUUCGAGAGCUACAACAACCUCGUGGCGUCGGGCUUCUUCGCCGCCCAUGCCAUCCAUGCCGACUCGCGCGGCACAAAGCGAGCUGCGGAUGAGGAGCCAGAGGAGGAUCCCAUUCAGAAUAUUCAGAGGGUGAGGAAGCUGCGCAAGUCUGCCUCUGCCACUCGGGAGCUCACUGUGCCUAAGCUGCGCUCGUCCUCCCGCACGAUCCUCUCUAGCCGCAGCUUCUCCAACGCCAGGGCCGCAGCCGUGGCACAGGCCGAGGCUGUGAAAUCGUCGAAGCGAGCAGUUCUCUCCAAAAUCCCAGGCCUGCAGCAGCAGCCGCAGCAGCACUCUGUGCCCGUCCCGUCCCGGGAUUCGUCUGCCAGACGGAAUGCUAGUGAGACCUACGGCAAGACGUUAUCCCACAAGACCAGCUCGCGGGUCCUGCGCCCUAGAAGGAGCGCCGCCGAACCUCUGCGCGUGCGGCCGAACACGAAUCGAGGCGUACCCAAGGUACCCGACAUCCCCUCCAAGUUCACCUACGGCCAGGAUCGUGAGAAUGACGGUCCCUGGAGGGGACUUCGCCGGGCUCACGCCGCUCAGGAAUGA